AGACUCUCGCGCAGCAGCAGAAAGGCAAUUCUGCCAAUUCAAAAUAGAAAUAGAGCAUUAACCCAGACAUGGGCGACCAAAUUCAAAACCCUAAUAGAUUCUUUGUUCUUUUCAGUUUUCCAGGGAAAAUGGGAAGAGAUCAUGUCAGCCUCCUCGAUUCGCUUCAUGCUUUACUGCUUCUUCCUCAAACCCUAAAGCUUAGCUGAUUCACCUCAAAAAAUUCGGUGAGUAUCCUGCAAUGUCUGGUUUUUCCGGUGCAAGAUUAGCUUUGAUCAAGAAUGUUUCUCAUUUGGUCUCAAAUGUCCAACUGGAUAUGCUUCCUGUUCAAUCAUUAUUCAUCAUCAGAUCAUUUUCAUCUGUCAUAUCUUCUAAUUUGGAUAAGCAUUCAUUUAUAGUUUCAUACCUCAUAGAUUCAUGUGGAUUAACCCUAGAAUCUGCUCAAUCUGUUUCUAAGAAUAAGAGGAUAUGUUUUCAAACCACUGAAAGACCAGACUCAGUACUUAGGCUUCUCAGGGAACAUGGAUUCACUAACGCCCACAUCUCCAAAAUUAUUAAGCAGCGGCCCCAGUUGCUUUUAGCGCAACCUAAAAAGACACUCUUGCCCAAACUUGAGUUUCUACGCUCUAUAGGGGUUUCAAGAUCAGGCCUUUCUAUAUUUGUUUCUAAGAAUCCGGAUUUGUUGGGUCGAAGUAUAAAACGGUGUUUGAUCCCAACUUAUGAGAUGCUUAAAGGUGUACUUGUUUCUGAUAAGAAAGUGGUUGCAACCCUGCAUCGCAUGAAAGGCAGACAUUUGUCCUUUUUUCCAAGAACAUUUUGUAACAAUUUAUCACUCUUAAGAGGGCUCGGAAUCUAUGAGUCUUGCAUCACUUACUUCGUCACCCAAUCUCCAUCAGCCAUGUGUCUGGAAGCGGGCAAGUUUGCUGAAGGGGUUGAGAAGGUUAUCAAACUAGGAUUUGACCCAUCAGAAUUUACAUUUGUUGAGGCAGUCCGAGUUUUUCUUAUGUUAUCAGCUGAAACAUGGGAACACAAAGUGGAGGUUUAUAGGAGAUUGGGUUUGUCUGAAGAUGAGAUUCGGUCGAUUUUCAGAAAGAAUCCCAAAUGUAUGACAUUUUCUGAGAAGAAGGUCAAGGGUAUAAUGGAUUUUCUUGUGUGCAAGAUGGGUUUGCAGCCUGCUGCUGUUGCUAGAGUUCCAGUUGUGUUUAAUUAUAGUUUGGAAAGGAGGAUUAUGCCAAGAUGUUCAGUUGUAAGAGUUUUGCUUUUAAAGGGUUUGAUUAAGGCAGAUACUCAUUUAUCGUCAGUGUUGAUACCUUCUGAAAAGUGCUUCUUGGAAAGGUUUGUGAUCAAGUAUCAAGAACAUGUGCCCCAAUUGUUCCAUAUCUUUCAGAAAAAAAUGGUUCUUACAGAACUUGGCUUUGAUGAUAAAUAUAGUAUUUCUGGGUUGAAGCAUGUAUAGCCUUCGGCAUGUCAUUAUUAAACCCAUUAAUACAACAUUUAAUAUUGCUUUCUAAUUGAUUAGUUUAAUUUCUUUGGUGCGUUGGUAAAGCUUUAAUGACCAACUUUCAUAACUAGAUUUUACAUCUUAUUUGACUUUUUUUUCCCAAUUGAGUUGAAG